AUGGAUCCUUCCGAGAUUCUCGGUUUCCCACAGUUCAAUCUUCAAGGCGAGCGUGCAAGACACAAUGCGACAAAGCUCCAAAAUGCUGGAUUGAUUCAACAACUCAAGAAUGCAAAUGCGGAGAAAGAAGCGUUGAAGGAGCAACUUGAUGCCACCCAGACUGACAAACUGAGACUUGAAACCGAAAAUGUUGAAUUGAUUGGAAAACUCGAGAAGAAGGACAAAGCUGCGGAACAACUCAUGGCGGAUGUGGAGGAGGAUAUGGAGAAAAUUUAUAAGCAACAUGCCAAGCAGCUUACCAAAAAGGACCUGGAAAUUCGAACGCUUGAGAAUCAAUUGGCGGCAAGUCAAGAGGCGAGCACCAGGACGCAGUCACUUGAGACCGAAAAUGCUGAAUUGAUUCAUCAACUCGAGAAUAUGAACGUAGCUAUGCGAGAACUCCUUGCGGAGAGGGAUGUCUUAAGAGGGCAACAUGCCGCCAUCUUAGAAGAGAGGGAUUUCUACAUGCAAGCCGACAAGCUGCGCGCCGGCACAGUUCAGAAGCUCCAGGAGCAGCUCCACGAGCAUUCAAAGGAGCUCACCGACAAGAACCUGGAAAUCCAAGCGCUUAAGACCCUAUUGGCGGCUAGUCAAGAGGAGAGCAUGAAGCUCCAGGAGCAACAUGAUAUUGUGUUGUGCGAAAAGGACCGGAUGAUCCACAAUCAAGACGUUCGGCUCAAUUCUGAAGUGCAAAAAUACGCUGAUAAGCUCAAGGUGCUUCAGGAACAACAUGUCGAGCAAAUCGAAGCCAUGGAUUUGGAACUUAAAACACUUGAAGACGAACUGAAGACUGGUCAGGAGCAACAUGCCAAGGAGCUUAACGACAAGGACCUUGCAAUCCGAGAACUGAAGGCCCGUCUAUCUGCGGCGGAGCAACAAACUGCCGAUCAACUUGUGGAGUUUACAAAUGAGAAGGACCGCCUAUCUCUAAGCAUUCAGAAAAUCCAGGAGGAUUGUUUGAAGGCAGAGCGAGGUCUUCAAGAUGUUAGAGUGAUGUUGAAGGAAGUCCAGCGUCAGAAGGAGAAGGAGGCCACCUCUGAGCCAACUACUCAACUCCACAUUGAGCUCGGCAAGCUCUAUAUGGAGCUCCAAGAAGCAAAGAAGCCACAGGAGGCUCAGAUGGCUGCUAAGAACAAGGAAAUGGAGUAUCUCACGAAGCAACAUGAGGAGAAACUGGCUGCUAAGGAAUCAGAUAUCCAGAAUCUAGCGGAGAUUGUUAAGGAGGGAGAGGAGAAGAAUAAGAAUCGUGAAGAGAUGAUUGCCAACCUUCGGAAGAUAAUGUUCGCCAUGGAAUAUGAGAUGACGGAGAUGAAGAAGAAAUUCAAUGCGGAGAAACAGGCGGCCCUUCAAGGUCCAAAGCUUGCAGAGCCAAAGGCCCCUAUUGAGUAUGAGGAUAUUCCGAUGGAUCCUUCCAACGUUUUCGACUACCUGACUCAACAACUCCAAAACAAGAAUUCAAGAAUUCAUGAACUCUUUGCAGAGAGGUAUGACUUGGUCGAGGAACUGAGCGCCACCGAGGCAGCCAAAGAGGAACUUGAGACCCAAAAUACCGACUUGAUUGGACAACUCAAGAAGAUGGAUAUGGCUAUGCAAGAGCUUGUGGAGGAGAGGGAUGCCUACAAGAAGCACAUUCAAGUCAUUAAUGAGGAUGCAGAGAGGAAUCAGGCGGAAUAUCUCAAGGAGCUCAACGACAAAGACCGAAUGAUCCAAAUGCUUAUGACCCAAUUGGGGGCUAGUGAAGGGGAAAGCGCCAAGAAAGAGGAGGAGCUUCAGGAAUAUCAUGCUCAGGAGAGCAGCAACAAGAGCCAACUGAUCUACAAUUUAAAUAUGCGCCUUUGUCUAGAAGAACAACAAUACACCGAAAAGCUCACGGUGCUUCGGAAGGAACAUGCCAAGCAGGUCGAAGGCAUGAACCUGGAACUUCAAUUGCUCAAGACCCAACAGGAACAACAUGUCAAGGAGCUUAACGACAAGGACCUGGCCAUCCAAGACCUAGCGAUCCGCCUAUCUGCUGCGGAGCAACAAACCAUCGAUAAGAUGAUGGAGCUCACAAAUGAGCUGAAGAAGAAGGAUGAAGUCGCCCACAUUGAGCUCGGCAAGCUCUAUAUGGAUCUUCAGGAGGCUAAGAAGCCACAGGAUGCUCUGAUGGCUCGAUUGGCUGCUAAAAACAAAGGAAUCGAGUAUCUCACGAAACAACAUGAAACGAAGCUAGCUGCUAAGGAUUCAGAAAUCCAAAGAUUGACGGAAAUGGUUCGAGAGAAAAAUAUCUGA